GUUUUCUAGUGCACUGAGUUGAAUGCAACUAAACUAGUGAAGUAGAAGGUGGAGCUGUCCGAGUCGCUGGAGUUGACAGAAGAGAAAUCCCUGUAAAAACGAUAUUUGCGGGAAUUACUGACUCAAGCACACGUGGAUGAUCUAAAAGGAAGCAUACGUUCUCCUCCAGAAAAGAAACCAAAUGGGGAAUCUGUUAAAAGUGCUCACUUGCACAGACUUUGAUCAGGGGCCAAACUUUUUCCUUGACUUUGAAAACGCACAACCGACAGACUGUGAGAGAGAAGUGUGGAACCAGGUGAAUGCUGUUCUCCAGGAGUCUGAGAGCAUCCUCUCCGGCCUUCAAGCCUACAAGGGUGCAGGCCAGGAAAUACGAGAUGCAAUUCAGAAUCCUAACGACAUGCUCCUUCAGGAAAGGGCAUGGAACUCUGUGUGUCCCCUUGUCAUCCGGCUAAAGAAGUUCUAUACGUUUUCAUUGAAACUAGAGGAAGCGCUGCAGAGUCUUUUGGAGUCUCUGACGUGUCCGCCAUACACUCCCACUCAGCACCUGGAGAGAGAGCAGGCCCUCGCUAAACAGUUUGCUGAAAUCCUGCAUUUCACCCUUCGCUUUGAUGAGCUUAAGAUGAGAAUUCCAGCCAUCCAGAAUGACUUCAGCUACUACAGAAGAACAAUCAGUCGAAACCGAUUAAACAACAUGAAUCUUGAUAUUGAAAAUGAAGUCAAUAAUGAAAUGGCAAACAGAAUGUCUUUGUUCUAUGCUGAAGCCACACCGAUGCUGAAGACCUUGAGCACAGCAACAACAAACUUUGUGACAGAGAAUAAGACAUUACCACUUGAGAACACCACAGACUGCCUGAGCACUAUGGCAAGUGUUUGCAAGGUCAUGCUGGAGACACCAGAAUACACAAGUCGGUUCAACAGUGAAGAUACACUUCUGUUUUGUAUGAGGGUGAUGGUGGGGGUUAUUAUCCUUUAUGACCAUGUGCAUCCAAAUGGUGCCUUCAACAAAUCUUCAAAAAUCGAUAUGAAAGGAUGCAUUAAAGUGUUAAAAGAUCAGCCUGCAGAUAAUGUGGAAGGUCUCCUUAAUGCACUCAAGUUCACCACAAAACACCUGAAUGAUGAGUCCACUCCAAAAAAUAUCAGAACAAUGCUCCAGUAAUGGUUUUUAAGUGAAGCGGGUCAAUAUCCUGACCUCAAAAGAUGUAUAUGUUUACAAUUAUUUAAGGACUUGAUGUUAAUACUUGGGUGUAUUUACAUAAUCAUUCCCUCCGAGUAACUGCGAUGUUUAAAAAAAACAACAAAAAAAAAAACAAAAAAAACAAAUGCAGACUUUUAUUCUAAACAAACUGCCUAUACUGUUGUGACAGAAGCACAAAUGAAGAAUAAACCAAGCAGCCUUACACAAAUUCAUGGAAAAAAUAAAUUAUCUGCCAUUUUCUUUCAAAUGAAUAACGGUGAUCAUGUUAACCAAAGGGGCUGAAACAUUGGUUGUGAGUUACAGUGAAAUCAUAUUGGCUAAAGCCUAGUCAAUAUUGAAUGAGUAAAGUGUGUUGGUAUGGUUGUGCUUUUGUAUUUUGUAAGUUAAUGACAAGAAAAGACAAGAAAAAAACCAUAGCGUAAUAUAAUCAGUUGUUUCUGUUUAUUUUCCCAAAUCUGUGGUCCGGCUGAAUGUGGAGAUCAGCAUUUAUUUUUGUCAUUAUGUGAUGAGUGUUUUUCGUUUUUUGUGCCUCUUUGUUUCUAACACAUUCGAUAUUCAACAAUACAGCUUUAAAAUCUGAAAUAAAAUUGACAUUUUGAUUAUA